CAGCAGCGUUAGCACUCGGGACAGCGCACCCGAGCCCGCGGGGGCUGUUUGCGGGCUAGCGGCUAGCGCUCCCCGGGGGCUCCCCUGCACGCCUCCCACCCACACGCUCUGACUCCAGCUCGUGAGCGCUGUCUGCCUCGCACCCUCCCUCUCCCAUUUUUUCUCUCCGUCGCCCCCUCAUCCAUCCGGAUUGGACUCCUCCUUCAAAAGCAGUUCGGGUGCUCGGCGCUUUCCCAUACCCCUGCUCCGCGGACCCUUCGGUCUCCUUCCCUAUUUAACCUCAGCCUUCCGAGAGAGUUGCCACGUCUCUAAGCCCUAACCCCAACACACACACGCAUUCACACGCAGACACGCACGUUCCCUGUCGCUGUGUGACACCCACCCUCUGCCGCACGGCCGCGCGGUCCCCGCGCCGUGCCCUCCUCCCGCCACACUCACACACGCACGCAGGCGCGCGCAGCGCCGAGCAGAGGGCAGCUCGCCGACAGUUCGCACUUGGAGGCGACCCGCUCCAGUCUCACAGCGCUGAUGGCAUCUCCAGGCUCCGGCUUUUGGUCCUUCGGGUCUGAAGAUGGCUCCGGGGAUCCCGAGAACCCCGGCACAGCGAGAGCCUGGUGUCAGGUGGCCCAGAAGUUCACGGGAGGCAUCGGAAACAAGCUGUGCGCCCUGCUCUACGGAGACGCCGAGAAGCCGGCGGAGAGUGGCGGGAGCGAGCCCCCGCGGGCCACCUCCCGGAAGGCUGCCUGCGCUUGUAAUCAGAAGCCUUGCAGCUGCCCCAAAGCGGAUGUCAACUAUGCGUUUCUACAUGCAACAGACCUGCUGCCAGCGUGUGAUGGAGAAAGGCCCACUUUGGCAUUUCUGCAAGAUGUUAUGGACAUUUUGCUUCAGUAUGUGGUGAAAAGUUUCGAUAGAUCAACCAAAGUGAUUGAUUUCCAUUACCCUAAUGAGCUCCUUCAAGAGUAUAACUGGGAAUUGGCAGACCAACCACAAAAUUUGGAGGAAAUUUUGAUGCAUUGCCAAACGACUCUAAAGUAUGCAAUUAAAACAGGGCAUCCCAGAUAUUUCAAUCAACUUUCCACUGGACUGGAUAUGGUUGGACUAGCAGCAGACUGGCUGACAUCAACAGCAAACACCAACAUGUUCACCUAUGAAAUUGCUCCAGUAUUUGUGCUCUUGGAAUAUGUCACGCUAAAGAAAAUGAGAGAAAUCAUUGGCUGGCCAGGGGGCUCUGGCGAUGGGAUAUUUUCUCCUGGUGGUGCUAUAUCUAACAUGUAUGCCAUGCUGAUUGCACGCUUUAAGAUGUUCCCAGAAGUCAAGGAAAAAGGAAUGGCUGCUGUUCCCAGGCUCAUUGCCUUCACAUCAGAGCAUAGUCAUUUUUCUCUCAAGAAGGGAGCUGCAGCUUUGGGGAUUGGAACAGACAGCGUGAUUCUGAUUAAAUGUGAUGAGAGGGGGAAAAUGAUCCCAUCUGAUCUUGAAAGAAGGAUCCUUGAAGCCAAACAAAAAGGAUUUGUUCCUUUCCUUGUGAGCGCCACAGCUGGGACCACCGUGUAUGGAGCAUUUGACCCCCUCUUGGCAGUUGCUGACAUUUGCAAAAAGUACAAGAUCUGGAUGCAUGUGGAUGCAGCUUGGGGUGGGGGAUUACUGAUGUCCCAGAAGCACAAAUGGAAACUGAGCGGCGUGGAGAGGGCCAACUCUGUGACAUGGAACCCACACAAGAUGAUGGGCGUCCCUUUGCAGUGCUCCGCUCUCCUGGUCAGAGAAGAGGGAUUGAUGCAGAGUUGUAACCAGAUGCAUGCCUCCUACCUCUUCCAGCAAGAUAAACACUACGACCUGUCCUACGACACUGGGGACAAGGCCUUACAGUGCGGACGCCACGUUGAUGUUUUCAAAUUAUGGCUAAUGUGGAGGGCAAAGGGCACCACUGGGUUCGAAGCACAUAUUGAUAAGUGCGUGGAGCUGGCGGAGUAUUUAUACAAUAUCAUAAAAAACCGAGAAGGAUACGAAAUGGUGUUUGACGGAAAGCCUCAGCACACAAAUGUCUGUUUCUGGUACGUGCCCCCGAGUCUGCGUGUCCUGGAGGACAAUGAAGAGAGAAUGAGCCGCCUCUCAAAGGUGGCCCCAGUGAUUAAAGCCAGAAUGAUGGAGUAUGGGACCACAAUGGUCAGCUACCAGCCCUUGGGAGACAAGGUCAAUUUCUUCCGCAUGGUCAUCUCAAAUCCCGCAGCAACUCACCAAGAUAUUGACUUCCUGAUUGAAGAAAUAGAACGCCUUGGACAAGAUUUAUAAUAACAUAGCUCACUAAGCUGUUUCAAUUCUCUAGGUAGACAAUUAAGUUGUCACAAACUGUGUGAAUGUAUUUGUAGUUUGUUCCAAAGUAAAUCUAUUUCUAUAUUGUGAUGUCAAAGUAGAGUACAGUUUAAAAAUCCAAAAAACAUUGCUCCUUUUAAAAAUCCUUUCCUAAGUUUAGAAUACCUCUCUAAAAAUUAGUGACAAAAGGCUGUGUUCUAAUCAGUAAUGAAAAGCUUAAAAUUGUUAUAAAUACUUCCCUUACUUUUAAUAUAGUAUGCAAAUCAAGCUUUAUUUUCACUUCAGAGUAGUACGAUUGAAUAGUGCCAAAUUGCCCCUGAAUCCUAAAAGGUUCUUUGGGGCACAGUCCAAAGGAGAAAGUACAUAUAAAAUGUAUGUUGACAAUAAAAACUCUUGCCUUUUUCAUAGUAUUAGAAAAAAAAUUUCUAAUUUACCUAUAGCAACAUUUCAAAUGUAUUUAAAUACAUAUAAUUUUACAAAAGGAAAAUAUAUAUAUUAAAAAGAAAUCCUAUUUUGUAACAUAUAGAUUUUUAUUUUAUAUGGGUUAUACAAACUGCAGGGUCAGAUAUAAAAAUUAAGCCAGAUUUUUUUUUCUCUUUCUUUUA